AAUUAACAAAUUAAUUUUAAUAGUAAGAAAAAAAAAUGAAUUACAAUAACUUUAUAGCAAAUAAUGAAAUAUCUAGUCCUUUGACACAAUUUGAAAUAAGAGAUUUAUUUAGUAUUGAAUUGCCUAUACUAAAUAAUUUACAUAUUUCUUUAACUAAUAUAGGAUUAUACUUAACAAUAGGAUUUAUAUUUAUAGUCGUAAUAGGAAUAUUAGGUGUAAAUAAUUUUAAAUUAGUAGGGAAUGGAUGAUCUUUAGGUCAAGAAACUUUAUAUGCAACUAUUCAUGGUAUAGUAGUAAAUCAAAUUAACCCUAGAAGCGGUCAAGUUUAUUUCCCAUUUAUUUAUACAUUAUUUAUUUUUAUCCUAAUAAAUAAUUUAAUAGGUAUGGUGCCUUAUAGUUUUGCAUCUACAAGUCAUUUUGUUUUAACUUUUGCUCUUAGUUUUACUAUAGUAUUAGGUGCAACAAUCUUAGGUUUCCAAAAACAUGGGUUAAAAUUCUUUUCUUUACUAGUACCAGCUGGUUGCCCAUUACCUUUAUUACCUUUAUUAGUUUUAAUUGAACUUAUAUCUUAUUUAGCUCGUAAUAUAUCUUUAGGUUUAAGAUUAGCUGCUAAUAUUCUAUCAGGUCAUAUGUUAUUACAUAUCUUAGCAGGAUUUACUUAUAACAUUAUGUCUUCUGGUAUAAUAUUCUUCCUAUUAGGGUUAAUACCUUUAUCUUUCAUAGUAGCCUUUUCAGGUUUAGAAAUAGCUAUAGCUUUCAUACAAGCUCAAGUUUUUGUAGUUCUAAGUUCUUCUUAUAUAAAAGAUGGAUUAGACUUACAUUAAAAAGAAUAAAAUUUAAAUAAAGUAAAAAAAAAAUGAUGAUAAUGAUGAUGAAAAAAAUGAGAUUUAAUAAAUUAUUAAUAUUGCAUAGUCAAUUAUGCAGGUUUUCCUUAAUUAUUUUUUUAGGAAUAGUUAUAUGUUUAGGAUAUUUAUUUUAU